AGGGGUGAGGUAGUACCCGGUUAUACAUACUACUUAUAUAUUAAUAGUUCUGUCUGUGUAUGUGUACUUUUAUGUCUUUUUUAAGGACCUGUGACAACUCCGCCUGAUACAAAUGCUGACGCGAACAAAUUCUUCAUACAAUACAACAAUGUGCCCAUGGGUGCCGAGAAAGUUGGACAUCGAUUAUUCAUCGCAUUACCUCGACGUAGAUAUGGAAUACCAGCCACGUUGAACUACAUAGAUUUGAACGAUCAAAAUGGCCGAUCGCCAGCCCUGAAACCCUAUCCGAAUAUAUAUUCAGGUAGAUCCCUUAUAUCUGUUUAUCGAACACGAGCAGAUACAUGCGGAAGGCUGUGGAUGGUGGAUACUGGAUUACUGGAGUUACCGGUUAAUCGUCGACAGUUGCAGCCGCCAGCCAUAGUUGUAUACGACCUGAAGACGGACCAGGUGAUCUUUAGGUAUACCUUCAAGGAAUCGGAUAUCCCUUCAGCAAGCACUCCAACAGGCCUUGCAUCAAUAACAGUGGAUAUAACAAACAACUGCGCAGACGCAUAUGCCUAUGUCCCGGAUUUGACAACAAAUGGUAUCAUUGUGUAUUCGCUGAGAGAUAACGAUAGCUGGCGAAUCACCCAUAAUUACUUCAAUUUCAACCCACUGUCUGAAAAUUCGAGGGUUUCUGGUGAGUAUAUCCAAAUAAAGGAUUUGUGUUAUUUUUAA